UCAUUCAUUCAUUCAUUCUAGGUUCUCCCUCUCCUCCCGAGUGCCUCUCUUCUCCCCACUCCAAAUCACACACAACUUCCAACGGUUCAAUUCAAUCUCUCUCUCUCUCACUCACUCUUUUCUUUUCUACUUCACUUUCACACUUCCAAACCCAAAACCAAAUCUACUUCCUCCUCAACUCUCUCACCCACUCACUCACUUCAUCACCAUAUCUUCUAGGCAGUGGAAACUUAAUGGCUUAUAUGUGUGCAGACAGUGGAAACUUAAUGGCAAUUGCUCAACAAGUUAUCAACCAAAAACAACAACAACAAGAACAACAUGAACAACAACAUCAUCAACACCAACAUCAUCAUCAUCAAAAUCUCUUAGGUUUAACCAACCCUCUUUCUCUUCAUCCAUGGAACAACAGCAACAACAACAUUCCAGUUUCAGUUUCAUCACUACCACCUUUAUCUUUUCCAACCACUGAUUUCACCGACCCAUUUCAAGUCGGGUCGGGUCAAGAAACUCCCGAUCCCACUUUCCAUUUCCCUCCGCCACUCGACCCUCACUCCACCACUUUCCGUUUCUCCGAUUUCGAUUCCGAUGAUUGGAUGGACACUUUAAUGGCCGCCGCCGACACACAAACCCACGAUUUUAAUCUCAACCCGUUUUCAUCUUGUCCGACCCGACUUUCUCCACAAUCGGAUCUUCUCUUACCCGCCACCGUUCCGCUUCAAAUCCCAAUCCAACAACCACCCACUCCGCAACGCAAAAACCACACCACAACUGAAACGACGUCGUCUACCACAAAUCCUCUUCUAAAAUCCCUAAUCGAAAUCGCUUCUCUAAUCCAAACCGAACCAAAUCAAGCUAUUGAAACCCUAACUCAUCUCAAUAAAUCAAUUUCACAAAACGGAAACCCUAAUCAAAGAGUUUCAUUCUAUUUCUCACAAGCUUUAACCAACAAAAUCACUUCACAAUCACAAAUUCCUUCAAUUUCCUCUUCAGUAACAACAUGGGAAGAAUUAACACUCUCUUACAAAGCCCUAAACGAUGCAUGUCCUUAUUCAAAGUUCGCACAUUUAACCGCAAAUCAAGCAAUUCUCGAAGCAACAGAAGGAGCAACAAACAUUCACAUCGUUGAUUUUGGAAUUGUUCAAGGGAUUCAAUGGGCUGCAUUAUUGCAAGCAUUUGCAACUCGUUCUUCUGGUAAACCUAAUAGUGUAAGAAUUUCUGGUAUACCUGCAAUGGCUUUAGGAACUUCACCUGUUUCUUCAAUUUCAGCUACUGGUAAUCGUUUAUCUGAAUUUGCCAAACUUUUAGGGUUGAAUUUUGAGUUUACGCCGAUUCUUACACCGAUUCAGUUGCUUAAUGAGUCUAGCUUUUGUAUUCAACCAAAUGAGGCUUUAGCUGUUAAUUUCAUGCUUCAAUUGUAUAAUCUUUUGGAUGAGACUAUGGAUGCUGUUGAAACCGCGCUUCGAUUGGCUAAAUCUUUGAACCCUAAAAUUGUUACUCUUGGUGAAUAUGAAGCUAGCUUGACGACUCGGGUUGGUUUUGUUGAUCGGUUUAAGACUGCUUUUAAUUAUUUUGCUGCUUUUUUCGAGAGUUUGGAGCCGAACAUGGCAUUGGAUUCGCCCGAGAGGUUUCAGGUGGAAAGUCUUUUACUUGGUAGGAGAAUUGAUGGUGUGAUUGGUUUGAAGGAGAGGAUGGAGGAUAAAGAACAGUGGAAGGUUUUGAUGGAAAAAUGUGGUUUUGAAUCGGUUAGUUUGAGUCAUUAUGCAAUUAGUCAAGCCAAGAUAUUGUUGUGGAAUUAUAGUUAUAGUUCUUUGUAUUCUCUUGUUGAAUCUCAACCUGGGUUUUUGUCUUUGGCUUGGAAAGAUGUUCCUUUAUUGACUGUUUCUUCUUGGCGUUGAUUUGGACUCAAAAUUGGGAUGAUGGGUUUCUUCCACCUGGUCAUUUUUUCUCUGGUGUGGAACUACUAAUUGUCUAUAUGCUGUUCAUGAUCAAGCUAAGAAGUUCUUCAUUCAAUUCAUGAUGUUCUGCUUGGUGAAGAAGAUUGAAGAAGCUAUCCAGAUUUCAUGAGUUUGUUAUUAGCACUUAGCAUUGCAAUACAAGAUUUUGGGAUGAUUAAUUAAAUUAAUUACCAUUUUGGGUUGUAAUUUUAGCAGUUUGGUCUUUAGUUCCACACACACCCCUCUCCAUUCUUUUGUUUUCAAUUUGAUUUUCUUUUCUUAUUUUGGGUAGCAUGUCUUUUCUUAUUUUGGGUAGCAUGUUGAUGUUUCAAUGGGUAUAGAUGAAGUCUUGACUAGGCAAAACCAGUGAUCAACUUGUAAAAUGGGAACUGAAAUGCUUUCUUUCCUGUUGCAGUGUUGCUAGCUACUACUACUAGUCUUUUUGUAACUCUGUAAAUUUGAUUUUGUAUGGGUUUAAAUUUGUCUAAAUAGUAUAAAAAAAAAGGUUAUUUUACUUUA